GAUAGAGAGAGAGGGAGACGGACGCUGUUCCCAACGAUUCCGAUCUCCCCCUCCCCCCUCCGCAGCGCUCUCUCCCCGUCGCGGUCGACCAAUUCUUCCACAAGGAAGUGAAAGAGCUCCCUCUUCUUUCCUCCUCCAUCCCUCCCGCGAGCUACUGAGGCACCGGGAAGCCCUCCUUCUCCUCCGUCUUGGCCUUGGGUGUCGGUGAGAAGCUCCGAGCCCUUGGCCGCUCCUCCUCUUUUCUCCACCACGCCGCCUUGAUUGAUGGAUUCCAGCGGCUUCGGUCACAGGGUGGACAAGGAUUCUGUUGCUGCACGAAAGGUUCAGAAAGCAGAUCGUGAAAAACUAAGGAGAGAUAGACUAAAUGAGCAGUUCUUGGAGUUGGGAAAUGCAUUAGAUCCAGAUCGACCCAAGAAUGACAAAGCAACUAUUCUAGGUGAUACAAUACAGAUGCUAAAGGACUUGACUGCUCAAGUCAACCGAUUGAAAUCGGAAUAUAAUUCACUUUCAGAAGAAUCUCGUGAGUUGACGCAAGAGAAGAAUGAGCUUAGAGAUGAGAAAGCAAAGUUGAAGUCUGAAAUUGAUGAUCUGAAUGUCCAAUAUCAGCAAAGGCUUAGAGUUUUUUAUCCUUGGGCCACAAUGGACCCUUCACUUGUUAUAGGUCGUCCUCCAUAUCCAUUCCCAAUGCCUGUUCCAAUUCCCUCAGCUGCAAUACCUAUCCACCCAGUACACUCUUAUCCCUUCUUUCAUGGCCCGAUUCCUGGAACCAUUUCAAAUCCAUGUUCUACCUAUAUGCCAAAUUCCCCCAGCAAUCCUCAAGUUGAACAAUCGUCAAACCAGCAUAUUAAUCAAAAUAUGCAUAUAAAAGAUAGCAGAUCACAAACCUCAAGCCAUCAAGAUUCUAAAAGCAAGCCAUCUGAUCAGCAUCAGCGGAACUCUGGACAAAGAAGUGAUGAUUUUAGUGAUGUUGCAACAGAGUUGGAACUCAAGACUCCUGGAUCUGCAGUUCAUUCUCAGUCAACAUCGGCACAUGACGAGGACCUGUCCUCUGAAAUGAGAAAAGGGAAACAGCUGCCGCAACACAAGGGAAGUGGUGCUUCUACCUGUAGCAGUUCAAGCAGAUGUUCUUCAUCUUGCAGCGUGCCAGAUGACAAUUCCAAUGAUGUUAGAGAUGGCUCAGGCCCCGAGAAGCAGUGAUGUCCAAGUCCAAAAGGUGCUUCUUAUCUUUUUCAAAAUUAAACAAUAGGAGACUUGCAUGUUUAAUCCUGUCUCUGCAGUCAGGAUCCCUCAAAUUAGUGCUUUGAGAUAAGCAUAUGACUUCUAGCAAUGUCAAUCAGGAAAUCACCGAAGAGACUGCAAGUUAUUUACAGAGCUAUUUGCAGUUUCACCUUCUGAGAAGGCUUCUAAUCAUGGCGCACAUGCAUGACUUGCUUAGUUGCGUGUGUGGUUCAGACUGAAACUACAAGUAACUUGUAAAAUCACUUGAAGUUUGUCUGACGAUUUCCUGAUUGAGUCGCUUGCAGUCAUAUGCUCACACAUCAAAGAAUUAGUUUGUUGGAGACUGGUGCACGGGAGGAGGCCCGAGCUGAUAUCUAUAUACACAGUGUUUCAAGUAGCUAACUUAAUGAGCAACAAUGGUUUUAAACUA